AAUAGGUCAGAAGAGCCAGGGGGAUUCAGAGAUUUCCACUAUCUGAACCUCUGUCCCUGGGGGGAGGGGGAGGGUAUAGCCUUGUUUGGCUGGGCCCCAGAGAGCUGAAAGGGGGCGGGGAAGAGCAUUGGCAAAGAAGCCCACUGAGGUUGAAGGCUGGAGGAAAGUCUUGCUCCCGAGAGGUGACUUCCUGUGAAAUGGGCUGACUUCUUGCAGCCCUUCCUUGCAGCCUGGAAAGUGACUAGAGACUAUUUGAGCCCCUCCCAAUUCUCAUGGCUUCUUAUGUCCAUACCUCCAUAGGUGAUCCAGACAGACGCAGAACCAAGAUGUAUAGGUUGGCAGUGAUGGGCAUCUCUUGUGUGGGCAAGAGUGCACUGAUCAUGCAGUUUGCUGAGAAUAGUUUUAUGGCCAGAUAUGACCCCACCAUCCAAGAUUUCUACCAUAAGCACACAGUGGUGGACAAAAAGCCGUGCCAGCUGCGCAUAGUGGAUACCACAGGCAAUGAAGAGUAUUACCCUCUGAGGGACCAUUCCAUGCUCUGGGGAGAGGGCUUCCUCUUGGUCUAUGCAGUGAAUGACCCUCACUCUUUUGAGAAUGUGAAUGUCAUCUGGGACCGUCUGCAGAGCUUCAAGGGCACCGCCCCUGUGCCCGUGGUGUUGGUGGCCAACAAAGUAGACGUGACCGACAGGCUGGUGGACCCCACACGGGGCCAGGAGAUGGCCAGGAGUUUAGGGGUCCCUUAUGUGGAGGCAUCAGCCAAGACUGGACAAGGUGUGGAGCAAGCCUUCCAUCAGCUGGUUCGUGAAAUUCAUAGGAUCCGAGCUGGGAAGGAGCGCAAGAGUCUCCCUAAUACUGAGCAGUGGGAGGCCUGUGGGUGCAAGUGUUGCACUAUCCAGUGAGCAGGUACACCCUUACCCCGAUCCUGCCUAAAAUUCCCCUCUCACCUGGCCUAGAAUACCUCCAAAUCCCCUGGCCACUCCCCAGCCUUCAAGACCUUCAUCUGGACCCUUCCUUCUGCCUGCUCUUCCCUGCCAAGCCCUUUUGGCCCUUAUCAGGAUUUCUCCAGGAGCCUCUUGUAGGACCCAUCUGCAUUUCUCUAUUAAGAGAUUUGUGUUGGAUUUUUGCUUUUGUUUCCCCUUUUGAGCAGGGAUGACUAACUCACUGCCUGGGUAUCCUCAACAGGCAAGGAAAGACUCCAUUCCUCCCUGAGUAUGCAACCUCCCCCAACCUCUCUGGUUGCCAGAGGCCCCAGAGACAGCCAGCUUCCUGGAGGCUUUCUAUCCAGUUUGGCCCUCAUCUUCAGCAGCUUCCUCUGCCUUCCUGAAGGCUGUGGGGGGUGGGGUUCUUUAUUGGGCUUUCCCCUGCUCCCCCAACAGAAACCCUGACUCCGGAGACCAGAGCAAAGUGAUUCUCCUUCCUGCCCCUGGGCUUGGUAUAUUUGUUGCCUGGAGCCAGAUCACCACCUCUGGUCCAGGCCCAGAAUUCUUUGUUUGUGAAGAUGGUGAGCAGCCCUGCUCUGAAGUGGUCCCCAUUCAGUGACUCCCAAGAAGAGACUGGGGGAAUAUGGUUUUUUUUUUUUUUUUGGUUGUUACAUUGAUUGUGUGUUCUUAGUUUCAAUUUGCAUAUCAUCUGGAGCACUUUCUUCCUUUGUUUUCUUUUUCUUUCUUUCUUUUUUUGCUUAGGUAAUUGGGGCUAAAUGACUUGCCUAGGGUCACACUGCUAGGAAUUGUUAAGUGCCUUAGACUAAAUUUGAACUCAGGUCUUCCUGCCUUGGGGGCUGGUGCUCAAGCCACUGCACCACCUAGCUGCCCCUGAAGCACUUUCAAUAACUGGGACUGGGUGGAAUGGGGCUGCCUCCUACCAGGAGGAUGCCUUUAGACAUAAGUGCUAUUAAUAUUAUAAUUUCUGUUUUAGCAGCCAGAUGCACCCCUUUAGACAUUGCACGUUGCAGUAUUUUAAUUGCCUCCAAGAGAAGUGGAGUGGAGGGGCCUGGCUGUAAAUGCUCUGAGCAGGUAUCUCACAGCUGCAAGUCAGGUAGGGGUUAGGAGCCUUCUGACCUGGGCAUCUCUUAUUAUCUCAGGAGCUCUGGAGAAAAGGGCAGUGGGUGAUUCUCCUGUUUCAGUUAAAAGUAUUAAGGAUUCUAACGCAAUUUGUUUGGCUUUUGUUGGGGGGAGGGUUGAGUAGGAAGAGAAAUUCAUUUUAAUGGGACUUCCUUCACACUUGGAUUCAAAGUUGAUUAUUUUUCUUUUUCUAGGAUUUUUUAUAAAUAAAGUUGUUGGUUUGUUUAUAUGUGUGUUUCUGGUAGUUUCUCAUGGGUUUUUAUGCUUGGGGUAGGAAUCACAUGAGGGCAGUAUGGCCUAGUGGAGAGAGAGCUGGGUUUGGGAGUGAGGAAGGCAUGGGUGUUGUAGCUGUGGGACCUUGGGCUUCAGUUUUCUCACCAGUAAGAAGUAGGGGAGGAGAAGGGAAGGGGUCUACCAGGGGUCCUCAAACUUUUUAAAUAAGGGGCCAGUUCACUGUGCCUCAGAGUGUUGGAGGGCUGGACUAUAGUAAAAACGAAAACUCUGUGUUUUGUGGGCUUUUAAAUAAAGAAACUUCAUAGCCCUCGGUGAGGUGAGGGGGAGAAUGCUGCCGCAUCUGCCCACGGGCCAUAGUUUGAGGACUCCAGAUCUAGACUCUAAGGUCCCUCUGAACUUGACCACUAGAGUUGGUUUAAGUCUAUGAAGCUCAGUUCCAUGAGAUGACAGUGAUCCCUAGAAAUAGUCUUAUCUAUCAUCUGGCCAUCAGGUGUCAUACUAUUUAUCUCUGAAUCCAUCAUCUCUAUAUUAACUAACAUGGAUAGCAUUUUCAUUCAUUAGUUCUUUGUACUUGUCUUAGAUCAUUUUGUUGCUGAAAAGAGCAGAGUUACUCAUAGUUGAUCAUCAUACAAUCAGCAAUACUGUGCGCAGUAUUUUCCUGAUUCUGCUCACUUCACU